AUGGCAGUUGAACGAUCGGAUCAUUUUCCACCGACCACCGUAGGAUUUUUCUCGAACACAGCAGUCCACUGUUUAAGCUUGACUGUCUCUGUAUCGGCAAAGGUUAAGAUGGCAACAGCAUCAGGAGGUAGAGCCAAGUACAUAAUCGGUGCUCUCAUCGGCUCUUUCGGAAUCUCAUACCUCUUCGACAAACUUGUCGCUGAUGAUAAGAUUUUCGGAGGCAAGUUUUUUCAAACUCUCAUCAUAACUUAG